AAAUGGGGACAGAAGGAAAUGGUCGUCCCAAAGACGCAUCGGCAUAGCACACUCCCCCGCGUCUCCCUCGGUCGUGCUCGCUGCAACAUCGGAGUGGAUUCCAUCGACGGUGGUCGAUACUCACGAGGCAACGCCGCCUCCCCCAGCAAUAAAGCACCCGCACCUCAGCUCCCACUCAUUCCUCUCUCUUGCACUCAUCGCUACUGGAGCAGCUGUAGCAGGGUCUUCUCGCUCUUUCCGCUGAUCCCCCGGUCGGCCCCGUGUUCGCCCUUCUUGCAGCCAUGGCUGCUCCCAUCACCGCCGCCGCCGCCGCAAGGUCCUCCGUCCUCGUCUACUCCCCUGCGCUGCGGGUACAGGGAAUGGAUGCAGUGUCAUUUCGAGUAUCGGCAUCUUUCCCCAGGCAAAGAACAAGCUUUCCAUCUAUUCGAGUGCAGCGGAUUCCAAAGCGCUUUCAGGUGUCAUGUUCGGCUAAACAAGAAACCAUUGAGAAGGUUUGUGAAAUAGUGAAGGGUCAGUUAGCUCUACCCGAAGACAGCACUGUAACAGGAGAGACAAAGUUUGUGGACCUUGGAGCUGAUUCACUCGAUACUGUCGAAAUUGUGAUGGGGCUUGAGGAAGCAUUCCAAAUCAACGUGGACGAAUCGAGCGCUCAAGAGAUCCAGACGGUGGGGGAUGCUGCCGCUCUCAUUGACAAGCUUAUUGCAGAGAAGGAUGCUUGAAAUGACAGAAUUACCUGAAUGAAUUGUUUUGCGAGCUCCUAGAUUGCUCUCUGCAUGGUGGCGGGCUGGUGGCUAUGCUUCUUAGUUAGUGCCUGUUGGGAUUAAUAAAGGAGGGAAAUCGUCUUAGAGACGAGUCCUUUUUGCCCCUUGAAUCUUGUGAGAGACAGCAUUGCGUCAAUGUAGCUGAAGAGGGUAUUGCAAUCUAUUGCGAAGAAUUUGAACUUUUUUCACCCAUGAUUUCCAAGCCAGGGAGAUUAUGAGUUUGGAUUAAAUA